CCUACUCUCGCACAUGGUGAAAAUGGCUGCGAAUGAGGAAAAACAACAGGGGCACAGACCCGGCGUAUUGAAACAGAAAAAUAAAGGCCACAAACAUGGCAAGCACCGGACGAAAGGUGAAAUUGAGAGAGAAAACAAAGGUAGAGUAUCAGUGACGGCCCUUACUAAAAAACAGAGGAAGGAGCAUAAGAGGAUGGACAGAAGGAACAAAGCCAACCAGCUACGCAAGAAUAAGAAAGACAUGGUCCUAACAGAAAAGCGCCGUCUAGGCACAAGGGACGGUCCUCCUCACCUGGUUGCCGUGGUUUCCCUCCAUGGUGGAAUCGAUGCUGGGACUGUUACCAAACUGCUACGUGGGGAGGGGGCUGGGGGUGUCGGACUUCAGGAGCGGUGCAUCAGUGGAGUCACUGACAGUUUUGGGAUACUUCUGCCUCGUUUUAAGCAAAGGUUCAACUUUCUAAGCAUCAGCACGGCUGACAUACACUCUCUGCUGGAUGUGGCAAAGAUUGCAGAUAGCCUUGUAUUUGUACUGGACUCUGAUGAAGGUUGGGACAACUAUGGAGAAUACUGUCUCUCCUGCCUCUUUGCCCAGGGCCUUCCUAGUCAUGCACUGGUGUGUCAGGGUGUGUCUGAACUUCCUGUGAAGAAAAAGGUUGAGUCCAAGAGAGCUCUGUCGAAAAUCACAGAGAUCCGUUUCCCUGAUGAGCGUAUCUACCCUUUGGAUUCGGAGCAGGAUGGCACUCUACUUCUCAGACACCUGGGCACUCAGAGACAGAGAAAGCUCGGUUUCCGCUCCAGACGUGCCCAUCUUUUGGCUCAGAAAGUGUCUUUUACGGCAAACAGCCCUGCUGAGGGGACAGGUGGUGGACCCACUGGCCUGGGCACACUCUGUGUCUCUGGGUACGUCCGUGGUUGUCCUCUACAAGUUAACAGACUGGUGCACAUCACUGGAUAUGGAGACUUUCAGAUCAGUCAGAUUGAUGCUCCAUCAGACCCUCUUCCCCUCAUCUUAACAGCAACCAGACCUGCAAAGCCUGGCAAGGAAGGAGACUUUGACAUGCAGGAUGGAGGCGAGGAGGAGGCCCCAGUGAGGGUGCUCAUGAAAGCGGACCCCUCCUGCAGGGAGAGUCUGCAGGCGGAGGCUGAGGUGGACCCCAUGGAAGGAGAGCAGACCUGGCCAACAGACUCAGAGCUCCUGGAAGCUGAAGAGGCCAGGAAGAGCAAGCGUGUGAUGAAGGUCCCUAAAGGAACAUCAGACUACCAGGCCUCCUGGAUUGUUGAUGAAGAGGAGGAGAGUAAUGGAGAGAUAGACGAAGAGAGCAGUGAAGAGGACGACGAUGAUGACGACAUGUUGGACGAGGCCAUGGAGGAUGAGGACAAUGUUUCUCAGGAUCCAGGUUCAGAAGAAGAAGAGGAGGAGGAGGAUGAGGAGGAGGAAGAGGUGUGCGCCGAAGAGCGAACAGGAGUAGAUGAGCGAUAUGAUGAGCACAUUGAUGUGGCGGCAGAGGAAGAAGGCCUUAAACGCUACCGUGAAGCUCGGUCCAAUGAAAUGUUUCCUGAUGAGGUGGACACGCCACUUGACAUGCCAGCUCGAAUCAGGUUCCAGCGCUAUAGGGGCCUGAAAAGUUUCCGCUCCUCACCCUGGGACACCAUGGAGAACUUGCCCCUCAACUACUCACGCAUCUUCCAGUUUAAGAGCUUUGAGCGCACUCGCCACCGCAUACUGGCUGAGGCCGCCGCAGAGGAAGAGGGAGCCAUGGUGGGCUGGUAUGUUACGCUGCACAUCCUUGAUGUCCCCUCUUCUGUGAUGGAGAGUGUGCAGUCAGGCAAACCUCUGAUAAUGGUGUCUCUCUUGCCCCACGAACAGAAGAUGUCGGUGAUGCACCUCUUGGUGAGGAGACACCCCAGCAACACAGAGCCCAUCAAAUCUAAAGAGGAGCUGGUGUUCCACUGUGGAUUUCGGAGGUUCAGGGCUUCUCCUAUCUUCUCCCAGCACACUUCAGCUGACAAGCAUAAGAUGGAGCGCUUCCUCAGGCCAGAUGCCCCCACCGUGGUGUCGGUGUACGCUCCCAUUACCUUCAACCCCGCGGGAGUCCUGCUCUUCAAACAGAAGAAUGAUGGCAUCCAGGACUUGGUGGCUACAGGCAGCCUCCUCAGCUGUGACCCUCAGCGUGUAACGCUGAAGAGGAUUGUACUGAGCGGACACCCGUUCAAAAUAAACAAGCGCUCAGCUACGGUCCGUUACAUGUUAUUCAACAGGGAGGAUAUAAUGUGGUUCAAGCCAGUUGAGCUGCGGACAAAGUGGGGAAGGAGAGGCCACAUCAAAGAGGCUUUGGGAACACAUGGUCACAUGAAGUGUGUAUUUGAUAAUCAAAUGCGCUCGCAAGACACUCUCCUGAUGAAUUUGUACAAGAGAGUGUAUCCUCGCUGGACGUAUGACCCCUUUGUGCCCUCUUCGUUAACCUGGUUCAAGAGAGAGAUCAUCGUGGAUAUUGACGACUUGGACAUGGAAUAGUGCAUGAUAACGCAAGAAAGACACAAUGUACUAACGGCAAUACCUUAUAUCUGUGUGAUCACAUGACCUUUUCAAAAAGUGUAAUGUGUAUUAAAACGUUGGAUUCAAAGUU